CGGCGUUUUAAAUUUAGUCACUUGAUUUCUGUGUGUACAGCCAAAGAGCCAUGUCUAUUGUUAAAGAUAUUUUUGGAAGUUUGACAGACGAGAAUGGAGAUGUUAGAAAUAUUCGUCGUUUCACUUUGUGUAAUGGAAAAUUGAAACUUCAAGUCAUUAACUAUGGAGCAACAAUAGUAAGUCUUCAAGUACCAGAUGCUGAUGGAAACAUUUCUGACGUUGUUUUAGGCUUCGAUGAUAUAUUAUCCUAUGUUAACCAUGCCCAUUAUUUUGGAAGUACUGUAGGACGUUUUGCUAAUCGGAUAUCCAAAGGAAUCUUCGCGCUUUCGAAUCAAACAUAUCAACUGGCGAUUAACAAUGGCCCGAAUCACUUGCACGGAGGAAUUAAAGGAUUUGAUAAGGUCAUUUGGGACUGCGCCAUAGAAAACAACAAGCUAAUUUUAAGCUAUGUUAGCCCACACAUGGAAGAAAACUAUCCUGGAGAGCUAUCUUGUCGAGUAACUUACGAGGUAACGGCCAAAAAUGAUGUCUGCAUCAGCUACCAUGCUACUACGACAGCACUGACACCGGUGAACCUCACGAAUCAUUCAUACUUUAAUCUGGGAGGGCAUGACAGUGGGACUAUAGAAGAUCAUGAAAUAAUGAUCAAUGCGGAUUUCUACACACCAGUAGAUGAGACAUCCAUCCCAACAGGAGAAAUUCUUCCAGUAGCUUCUUCGAAUUUUGAUCUACGUAAGCCGACAAGCAUUGGGAGAAUAUUGAAUUCAACACCUUCUGGAAUGGACCAUAAUUUUUGUAUUAAUGGAAAACUAAAUGUUGAAAGAAAAGUUGCCAGCGUUUAUCAUCAGAGAAGUGGUCGUCUGAUGGAGGUUUACAGCACUCAGCCUGGUGUACAGUUUUACACGGCUAAUUUCUUGCCCAUUGACGAUUCUCUAAUUGGUAAACAUGGGGUACAUUACAAAAAGCAAUCUGCAUUUUGCCUUGAAACACAGAACUAUCCUGAUGCAGUGAACCACGCUAAUUUUCCAUCUGCUUUACUUGAUGUAAAUGAAGAAUACAACCACACAGCUAAAUUUCGUUUUAUUGUGAGAUAACGGAAGUAUGUAUGAAAGAGAUUUUUACUACAUUAAAAUUCAGU